AUGCUUACCGUUUACUCUACGCAGAAAGCAGUAGCCCAACUUCGGGGCCGGCACAUCGCGCCUGUCGCCUUCAGUUUCGGCUUCGUGUCCUACUCUUUCACCUCGCUGCUCUCCGCCAUCGGCGAUGGGCGGCUGAUGCCUAUGUCCGACUGCCCCUCGCACCUCGUCAACCUCUCCUCCGGCUAUUCGCGCACCAACAACUCCUGGAUCCUCGGACGCCUCCUGCGCGACGCGGAGAAGCGAUCGACCAUCAACGCGUCGCUGCACAUCACGGUGUACAAGACGACGCAGGCGGGCGGGAAGCCGGUGUACGACUGGCUGUGGUGGACGGGGGCGGCGGUGCUGGUCGGGCAGCUGGGCAUCGCGUGCGUACCGUGGGUGCUGGACGGCGACUGGCUGAUCAUGGCGCUGACGGUCGUGGGCACGGCGCUGGCGCUGGCUGGCAGCGCGCUGCCGCAGUGGGCUAAAGAAAAGUGGGCCUGCCGCUCGGCUCCUGAAGGUAGGUACUGCAUCACCCGCGGCAACGGCCACACGCGUGCCAUCAUCAUCAUCAGCGAGCACCCGGACAGCUUGAACCUCGAGGACCUGGCCACGGCCAGAGGCCAUCCCGUGCAUCACACCCGCAUGAUUCUCGGCUUCCUCGCCAUCUGCUGGAUUGCGUUCCUGCUGUGCGUUGCCGGGCUGGAGGAGAAUACCUGGUUCCUGCUUGGCGUGGGCUUUUUGGGCAUGGUGCAGAACGUGCUGGCUGCUGGGGCGCCUAGAGAUCCGAGUGCCAUGGGAGUGCCCAUGGAUCAAGUCGACGAGAUUUAUGAAGGAAGGGUUAUGGAAGUACUUCAAGCAGCCGAACGUAAAUAUCCAAAGGUGGGUAUCUCGCUGUUGCCAAUUUACUUCCCAGGGGAGCUUCGCCCGGAUGAACAGAAAUUCUUCGAUGAGAUGAAAGCAACGGUCAAGGAACGGCUCAAGGCCCCACCGUCCAGUGGCAGCUCUUCAAGAACGCUCACACCAUCCAAUUCGGAAAAUCUCCUGAAGAACGUAGACUCGGAAAAACACUUGGCUAUGAGCUAG